AUGGAAGGGGCCAGCCCGGAAGACGCCAUUGCCAUCACUGGUGUUUCAUGCCGACUCCCACGAGCAGCCGACCUCGAAGAACUAUGGCAGCUCCUCGCCGCUGGCACAUCGACUUGCGAAGAGAUCCGCCAUGACAGGGUUCCGAUGCGCGAAAGCUUUCGCGCGUUGCAAAACGACAAAUGGAAGCCGAAGUGGUUCGGCAACUUCAUUGAUGGGGUCGAUGAGUUCGACUGGGCUUUCUUCCGCUCGAAUGCCAAGGAGGCUGCCAGCAUGGACCCUCAGCAACGCAUCCUCUUGGAACUGACCUAUCAAGCUCUGGACAGCGCGGGCUACCUCCGCAAACAUGUUCGCGAGAACGGAGACAAAGUCGGCUGCUUUGUCGGCGCAAGUUUCAUCGAGUACACGGACAAUACGAGUGCCCAUCCACCAACUGCAUAUACAGCGACUGGUACCAUUCGGGCAUUCUUGUGCGGCAGGCUUAGCUAUCACUAUGGCUGGACUGGACCGGCGGAAGUCAUCGACACGGCCUGCUCCUCUUCGCUUGUCGCCAUCAAUCGUGCCUGCCAGUCCAUCUGGUCGGGUGAGUGUCCUAUGGCUGUUGCUGGAGGAGUGAACAUCAUCUCCGGAGUUCACAACUAUCUGGGUCUUGGCAAGGCCGGCUUCCUCAGCCCGACCGGUCAAUGCAAGCCUUUCGAUCAAGCGGCCGAUGGCUAUUGCCGUGGAGAUGGUGCUGGAAUGAUCGUAUUGAAGCCCUUGAAACAGGCGAUGGCAGAUGGUGAUCCAGUUUUUGGCGUCAUACCGGGGUCGUCCACCAACCAAGGCGGUUUGUCUGCAUCUUUGACAGUCACUCAACCCUCGGCACAGGUUGAGCUAUACCAGUCGAUUCUCGAACGUGCUGGAAUGAGUCCAAACCAUGUGUCCUACGUUGAAGCCCACGGGACCGGCACACAAGCAGGCGAUCCUCUUGAGGUGAGCAGCAUCAGAGACGUGUUUGGUGGAUCAGAUCGUCCAACCAAACUCUAUCUUGGUUCUAUCAAAGCCAAUACUGGCCACGCAGAGUCGGCGGCUGGGGUCGCUGGACUGCUCAAAGUCAUCGCUAUGUUAUGGAAGAAAGCAAUCCCGCCCCACGCAUUGUUCAAAUCUUUGAACCCCAAGAUUCCCUCAUUGGCCCCGGACAGGAUUGUCAUCGCAAAGAGCCUGGAACCAUGGGAAGUACCCUUCAGAGCUGCGUGGGUGAACAACUACGGCGCGGCUGGAAGUAACGCAUCGCUUGUUGUCUGCGAAGGGCCUCGGAUGAGCUCUAGCAAAGCGUAA